AUGACAGGGCCAGGGCUGGAGUAUGGGACCGCUACAGAAAACUCACUCCAGUUACGACAACGUCAAGCAACAGUUUCUGGAGCAGUGGAAAAUAACAUGCCACCCACACCCACUGUACAGCGCAUCUUCAAAAUCUUCAAUCGAGCCGAAGCCAUAGAAAGAUUUGAAGUGCUGGAGAAAUCGCUGGGGAAUGUGAAGAGACGAUUCCAUGGCACAAAAGCCCUCUGUGGCUUAGGAGUGCUGUUGAAUGGAGCUGCGUGUAUGCGACCAGAAUGCAAUGCGUGCAAUAUAUGUGCCAAUGGAUUUGAAGUAAGAGGCGAACACUACAGCAGAUUCGGCGAUGGGGUGUAUACAAGCGCUACGAGUGGCAAAUCAAACGAUUACGCCGGGAACGAUAAUAAGGCACACGGCAAGACAUUCCGGUGCAUGUUCUUGUGUAAAGUUGCAGCCGGAAAGACUUACAAAAUACAAUUGGGGAACUUGCCCGCAGACCAAUGUCCUCCACCUGUCUCCGUCGCAGGAUACGACUCGGUCGUUGGAGACGUUGGUGGUGUGGGAGGCCUCAACUAUGACGAACUCUGUGAUUCAGUCCUACCAGCAUACUGGAUUGUCUAUCAGUUGAACUAGCAUAGUCGCUGUUAUGGUCUGUGCCAGUCGGAUCUAUGGACGCGGCAUACUGAGCCACCUAAACCACUUUGGCCUCACAUAUAACUUCACAUAAACUAUAACGCAAAAAGUACGCACAACCAGUCCCGGUCGCGCUAUCUUGAUAACAGUGCUCUUGGUUGUGUCAAUGACAAAUUUUCCCGCAGUCCAUUGACUAAUGAUUAAACUCGAGUUUGAUACUGAUUGCUUACAACAAUAAAGAUAUGCGUCC